AUGUCAAACGAGGAUGAAACAACUCGUUUAAUGUCUUCAGAUGAGAUGGACUAUUUAUUGGAAACGGCUGGGAUCAACGCCUUGGAAGAAAUCAUUAGUCAAAAUGACAGUACUGGAAUAAAUUUGGAUACUAAUGAAACAGCUCAGGACAGUAGCUAUGACUCUAUCCGGCGCUCCCCCAGUAUUUUGAGUGUUGCCAAAAGCGUUGAGGGAGAGCAUGGACGUAGAAAACUAUUAUGCCUUUACGGCCUUGUUAUGAUUAUCUGUAUUGCGGAGUCUAUUUCUAUGACUGCUACAAUACCGUUGGUGAUGGACAAGGUAGCGGAAGGAAUUUCAGAUGAGAAUGGACAUUAUGAUUCCGUGGCUGUACAGACAAUAGUUUCCAGCAUUUCUUCAUCCACUAUGAUGAUAGCAGGGGCAAUCAGUAUUUUCAUGGCUGGUAAGUGGGGAGAAUUAUCCGAUAGAAUAGGAAGAGUGCGUGUUUUCAAAUACAUGAGCGGCAUCAGGGUCAUAGGGCUUCUUACGCACGUCUUUACCCUAUCAUCGAAAAUGAAGUAUCACAAAUGGGCUAUUGUUCUUACUGCGUGUAUCGUACCAUCAUUCGGUGGCUUGUUUGCGCUAGUGGCGAAUGGAAAUAGUUACGUUUCAGAUAUAGUGAAAACUGAGCACAGAAUGGUGACAAUAGGAAUAAUGAUGAGUUGUAUAUAUGCCACUAUGGGCGUAGGCCCAAUGUUUGGGUCCUUUCUGGUGAAGUGGACUCAUGGAAACGGGUUCAUUCCUAUUUACACAUCAAUAGCGUUUGUUAUACUGGCGCUUAUAAUAUGUGAGACAAUCAUGGUGGAACCGCGCCAUGAAACCCAAAUGGCCCAUUCACAAUCAACUUAUACAAAGAGGAGAGAGAAACUAAGAUCACAAUCGGGUUCUGACGAUGCAAGAAAUUACCAAUCCGUUACUUAUGGAAAAUUUCAAAUAAUGAGGUUAAUGGACCUGCUCGCUCCAGUAAAAAAGUUAUGGCUGAAGCCCGACAGUGCAGGGUCUUUAGUACCCCGGCAUACCGUAAUAUUACUCAUUGUACUCGAUAUACUAUUUGUCUGUGGAACGACAUCGUGUAUGCCAGCAUUGAUUUUGUUUUCUACAUAUGAGUACAAAUGGCAUGCAGUAGAGCUAGGUUAUUUCAUAUCGAUACUGGGUAUCGGAAGAGGUGUUGUGUUACUGGUCGUAUCACCUACAUUACUGUACACGCUAAAGAGGAUUUAUCAACACUUGAACCAUUCGAUAGACAAGAUAGACAUCUUUUGCAUACAGUUUUCUAUGAUUGUUAUAACACUGAGUCUCUUUGUCAUGAUACGAUUUGGCGAGAAAACUCCCACAUCCAUGAUAAUAUUCGCUCUUUUACAGGCAUUGAGCGCGUUUUGUUCACCAACUUUGCAGUCUGGUAUCAUAAAGUACACCUCUAAGAAACAUACAGGCGAGAUGUUCGGAGCAAUGGCUUUGGUAAGGUCCUGUGUUAUGCUUGUCAUCCCUCCCAUCCUCCUUAAGCUAUAUGGAAGUACUGUCUCCGUUAAUCCUAGUCUGUUUAUGUAUAUACCGUUCUCAACAAGUAUUGUUGCCAUCUUGUUGACAUUCUUCCUAAGAAUUUACAAGAACCCUCCGCUGGACGGGCCUUAA